GCUAUGGAGAAUGGUGAGGGGUAUGCCCAAACUGUUUUACCUGCAGCGGAGCUAGCUGAUAAGGCAGGGGAGGACACGUCGAUUGUGGCUGACGUGCUUGGCGCACGUCGACCGGAGCAUGCAGGGCUCGGAAGUGAGGCUUUGGCCACACCAAAAAUGACUAGGACUGCACCUCCUUGCGGCCCAGCAUCACCUUUGGAGGCGACAUCAUCUACUCGGCCUGCUAUGCAUGGUUCUGGUAUAUCCAUGACGACGCUGGUGAACCAGAGCACGUCGAUCAAAACUGUGGAAAACCACAAGGGGUUGGCGACGAACAAGAUUCUUGAUUUUGGUGGCAUCGAAAAGGAAACUUCGCAAAAUGUGCGGUCGAGCGGGAGGCUGCGCGCUCAGCCAAAUUACGAUGCAACCCAAUUGGAGAGGGCGAAAAUGCUGUUGCAGAAGCGUGAUGAACUGCCAGUGAUAGUUUUUUGA